AUGUAUGUCACCAAGAAUAAGCUUAUUUUACCAAAGGUAUCUCUUCCUCAGCAAUUGCCUACAUCAAGUCAGGAUCCCCAAGCAAUAAUAAAAGGUACUAAUAAUACACCUUCAAGCAACAUUUCAAAUCCUUCUACUUCUUCUGUAUCUAAUGUUUUUAGUAAUCUUUUACAAAAUAGUACUAGCCAUGAACCUAAUUUUUUUCCAAACAAUAAUAAAUCAGUCAUAACAUCAAAAAUAGUUGAUUCCCUUCCACAAAAUUUUGAUGUAACUGAUGUUGCAUAUUACAGACUUCGUGUUAAAGAAGGGAUGACAGACAAACAAAUUUUCGAUCUAAUAAAUCAGACUUUUUCCCCUUCUGCAGAUUAUACCUACCCUAAAACUUUAAAACGUCAGUUCCGUUCAAAGUGGUUGAAAGAUUACCCUUGGCUUCGCUACUCACCAGCUUAUUAUGGGGCUUUUUGUUUACCCUGUGUUCUUUUUGGAUCAAAGUUCCCUGACAAAUGUGGUAAAAUUCAAAACCUUUUUUUACAACCUUUUACAAAAUGGAAUGAUGCAACUAGAUCUUUUAAUCAACAUCAAUCCACAAAGAAUGGUUUACAUGAAUUUACUUCCACUGUUUUUAAUAAUUUCAUUAGUCAGAUGUUAUCUAAAUCCCAGCCCAUCAAUGUUUUAGUCAAUGAUCAGCUACAACAGAAAAUAAACAAAAAUAGAGAAGUUUUGAAAUCUAUUGUUGAUACCAUCAUUUUAUGUGGUCAUACCAAUUCAGCUUUGCGGGGGGACAUAGGGAUGAUGGGAAAUAUCUCCCUGAGGCAGGAGGCUAUGCUAAUCAAGCCGGGUGGCAAUCAACUAUUAAAAGAUCAGUUAGAGUCCAGUGCUAAAAAUGCCAGGUAUAUUUCUAAAACAGUGCAGAAUGACUUAAUUGGAUGUUGUGGUCAAGAAAUUACUAAUGAAAUCAUUUCUGAGGUUAAAUUAAAUAAGUUUUAUUCCAUAAUUGCAGAUGAAGCAUGUGACUCAUCAACUAAGGAGCAAAUGGCUCUCAUUUUAAGAUAUGUUGAUAGCACUUGUGAAAUAAAAGAGGACUUCAUUCGUUUUUUACACUGCUCUGAAGGAUUAUCUGGUGCUGAUCUCUUCAGUACAAUUAUGAAAUGUUUAAAAGAAGAUCUAGGGCUUGACAUAAUGGAUUGCAGAGGACAGGGCUAUGAUGGUGCUGGGUCAGUUUCUGGUCACAUUAAUGGUCUAUCUUCUCAUAUUUUAAGACUUAAUUCAAAAGCCAUUUAUACACAUUGUCACUCUCAUAAACUUAAUUUAACAGUGUGUGAUUCCCUAGACAUACUGUUAGUGUCAGAAGUGUUUGAUAAAGUGAAGGAAUUGUCAUACUUUUUCAAUUUGUCUGAAACAAGACAAAAGGUUCUGCAAAAGUUUGUUGUUGAGUGUAAGCCUGAUACCUCAAAAUCUAAGUUGAAAGAUAUUUGUAGGACAAGGUGGGUUGAACGAAUCGAUGGUCUAGAAGACUUUUUGAAAUUGUACACAACCAUUGUGAAAUGUCUUAAAUAUAUGUCUUCUUCUGAUUGUAUGUGUAACAGAGAUACAAAGUCUAAGGCUUCAAGUUUUGUCAACUUAAUUUCCAGAUUUGAUUUUUUAAUUUCUUUAGUGUGUACUACCAAAGUUCUGUUGGUGACUCUUCCUGUCACACGAAAUUUACAAUCUAAAUCUAUAGAUAUUCUUAAAGGUAUCAAUUUAAUUUCUGCAUUGAAAAAAGAGGUAAUUGAUACUAGAAAUUCUGUAGAUGCAUUUCAUAAUAAUGUAUUUUCUGAGGCAGUUGCUAUUGCAAAUGAGCUGGAUGUAACCAUUAAAGCACCAAGAAUUUGCAAAACACAAAUCCAUAGGUCAAACACUCCUUUUGACUCAGUAUCUGAUUAUUUUAAACGUUCAGUAACAAUACCACUUCUAGAUUUUCUUAAUACUUCUAUUAGUAAGCGCUUUCAACCUGAAACAGUUGCUGCUUACAAAGGAUUGGCAUUAAUUCCAUCUCAUUUAUUUUUCCUUAAAAGUCAGGGUAAAGACUGGAAAAACGAAGUUCAAGAUUUUGUUACAUUUUAUACGUCUGAUUUUCUUAGUGUUAAUGCCCUUCAAUCUGAACUGUCGCUCUGGGAAAAAUAUUGGGAAGAAUAUACUGAUACUCUCCCUGAUAGCAUAUCCUUGGCAUUUAAAGCAGUUUCUUUCCCUGGUUUUGAAAAUAUAAAAAUAGCCCUACGUAUUCUUGGGACUCUUCCUGUUACUUCCUGUGAGAGUGAAAGGAGUUUCUCUGCAUUAAGAAGGUUAAAAGAAUACGCACGGAGUACCAUGACCAAUGAUCGUUUAAAUGGGUUAGCAUUGUUAUAUAUCCAUCAAGAAAUUAUCCCUGACAAAGAUAAAGUCAUUGAUAGAUACGCUCUUUCAAAUCGUUGGUAUUAUAUUAUACUAUUGUCCAUAGUUCAUUUUCAUUUAAUUGACAACUGUCAAGAAAUAGUAGAACAUAGUUGCAGGGACUAUGGGGUUACUCAGUUGUCAUUUUAUCCUGCAUUCAUUUUUAUUCAUAUCAAACCAUUUCAUUGCAAUAUUCAUUAUCAUUUAAUUGGCAACUGUCAAGAAAUAGUAGAACAUAGUUGCAGGGACUAUGGGGUUACUCAGUUGUCAUUUUAUCCUGCAUUUAUUUUUAUUCAUAUCAAACCAUUUCAUUGCAAUAUUCAUUAUCAUUUAAUUGAAAACUGUCAAGAAAUAUUCAUAGGCUUCAUAUAUAACAAUAGAAACUCAGCAAGAAAGAGAAGCAACCAAACAACAUUGUUGAAAAGAUGA